AUGUCGAAGGGAAGAUUUGAUGAUUUUAUUGUGCUAUCAAAGCACAUUCCAUUGCUAACAACAAAAGUUAAUAAUAUUGUUAGCAGUAUAACAAGUGUUGAUAUUGAUAAAAAGUUAAAAUUAGGAGCAGAAGCACAGAAAUUAGCAACAAUUUUGGAAUCCAAAAAAGAAGACAUAUUAAAAUCCCAUUCAUCAAUUAAGAUUUCCAAAGAGCAGCUUAUGAUCAUUGAUGAUGUAAUCAAAUCUCAAAAGCAAACGAUUUCCGAUAUUGAUUACGUCGUUCAAUGGAUAAGUAAUAGCAAAACUCAACUCGCCUCAUUAAAAGGAUCAGGAGUACAACUUGAUUUAUCAUACGGAAAUGUAAUAACAAAUUAUUUCUGUCAAAUUUUUAAUGCAACAGCGAAAGCUCAUCUACAACUCUGCUCUGUAGGAAAGCAGCUUUACAAAUUUUGGCAGUUUUUGCGCCUUUCAUCGAGUUCAAAUGAAUUUUCGAACAUGAAUAGCGAAAUUAUUGAUUCCAACCUUCAAUGUUUUACAACAAACUCGUUCGAAUACCUCGAGCAGAAGUUAACUUCAAUAUUUGGUAUCUGUUAUCAGUUUAUUCGCAAACUUGUCAACGUUUUGUCGCCAUUGAUUUCUCCAUUUACUACAUUCGACUGGUCACAGUAUUCUAUAGAAUCUGAUGACUUUAUUGGCGAAGUUACGGGCGCUUUACUUCCACAACAUUACAUUUUCAAAAAUCUUUCCCUUUAUACAGAAACAACAAAGUUUAUUGCCUUAAUUUUCUCAGAUCUUGUCGCGAAGAAGCCAGAAACCAUGGAUUUCUUCUCUCAAAUCUUUUCGGAAACAGAUCAUAUCAAUCUAAACGAAAAUUCACAGAUUUCCAAUGCAGAAUUAGCGAAAUUAUCUAAUUUACAGCCAGAUAUUGCUAACAGACUUAGGCAAGAUGAGAUUUUCAAACAAAAGAAAUUCAAAUUCCAUCCAGAACGCGUUAUCCAUCUUACAAACCUUCUCAACGAGCUCGAAGACCAUUACGAGUUUUGCAAUUCCAUACUUUGGAUAUACAACGAUGAGAUUUUGGCGUUAUUAGGUUUCGCUUACUACGAAUUAUGCAUUUGCUUUGAAUUUGAAGAGCAAACGUGCAACGAAAGUUACAAGAAAUUCGAUGUUAAGACCAUCUGGGAGAAAAGCUUUGAUCUUCUCGCAGCAAUUGUAAGAUUAUUUAAUAAGAUCGAAAUCCAAUCGACAACAAUGCAGAGAAACUACGUAUUUAAUCUUGCUACACAAGAUACUGAAUAUUUACAGCAGCAUAUCCAAGUAUUUCAAGAGUUUGAGCUAGAUCAAUCUCAUAUGACUCUUGUUCUUGGUCUCCAAGCCAUUAUUAACAGCCUGAUGAAGGAUGUUGACCUUGACAAAUUCGAUAAUGGCGAGAGAUUCGACUUCCUUCCACUCACAGUUUCAAUUGGCAGAUUAAUCAUGUAUUGCUUCAAGAAUAAGAUAGCCAACCAGUGCAGUGUCAUCCUCCAAGACCUCGACACCAUCAAUCGUCACAUCCAGAACGCUCAGAACCCCAUACAAGUUAUUUAUGACACAAUUCCUAUCCAUACUAUCCGUAAUUUCGUCGAGAGGACGUCGAAAGUCAUCGAACCACGCUCAACUUCCAUUGAUUCGUACCGUUAUUUCCUUGAUCUCUACAGAUACAUUCCAAAUUCUCCGAAAUCCGACGAAUCCUUUGUAGCCUUGUACAAGACAUAUUUGGACAGAUUGACCAGCAUCUUCGAAAACAACAUUUCCAUAUCAAAUAUGACCACUUUGAUCAUUAGACAAGGCGAAUAUGAUCCGAAAUUCAAGCCAGAGACGUUUUCCAGCAAUUUCUAUGCCGAGCACUACAACUCCUUCAAGACCAGUGCCUCUCUCAUCAACAAACAGACCAUGGCGUUGAAUUGCGUCUACUCAAUGCCGCAAUACACCAUCCACGGUACUACAAAAGUCCAAGGGAAGGAAAUGCUGAAGAAAGCCAUAUUAGAAAAGAUCGCCAAGAAGCUCAGUGACUCAGAACCGAACCCUCUUAUCUUAAUUUCCUUCAUCAACGUCAUGAUUCAGACAUUACAAGGUGUUGCGAGGGCUCUCGACGUUGACUUGGUCAGCUCCAUCAUGUCUGAACUCCGAAAACAGCUAAACUGCGAGCCGUCGAAAGGAUUUGUUGGAAAUUUCGGAGAUUUGACAUUAUCAAAGAAAGCAGAUUUACUUUGUUCGUUAGACGAUAUAAGUCUUGACGGUUAUGUAUCGUUCUUUACAUCGGCUUUAGGUGAUUUUGUACAGAACGGAAACAAGAAGUCCACAUACGAACCAUUCGGUCUUAGAUUUGUUGGCGAUGCAUCAUCGAAACAUCCACAUGAUUUGAUAUUCGCACAAUUGCCAAUCAGUGAUUUAUUACACACAUUUGGCUACGAUAUCGGAUUGGCAAGUAUCCAUACAUUGAACAAGAAGAUGCUUGAGUUCUUCAACAAACUGACAACUGUUUUUACUGACAACAAAUCAGUCAUUGCCAGUUGGUUGAGUCAAUACGAAACAUCUCAAAACAGGAAGUUCCCAACAGAUUUCCUACAAAGCGCUGAAUUCCAAGACGCGAGUGAAGCGAUGAUGAAUAUUGGUGUUUCAACAGUUCUUUAUAAGAUGAUAAAGAGAUCUGCUCAAUCAAUGACAUCCGCUUUGUUCCCUGGUUUCAAUGAUGCAGUCAUGGCCGCAGUUUCAAGGUGUGUUGACCGCAAAGAUGGUUUGAAACCACAAGAAAUGUUGAUUGCAGAAAUGAUUGGUGUUUCUGAGAAAAACUAUUUCUUGAGGGAAUUGUUAAAGCGAAAGAUAUUGAGUAAAUUCGAUGCCAAACUUUUCUUGUUCUAUUUGGCUUUGUUGUUUGGAAACACAUCAUGGGAUUACAUCCAUUUCAGUGAUGAUAAUGACUCAUUCACACAUAACAUGCAGUGUUUGUGUAUCGCGUUCGGAACAAUUUUGGACAAUUCAGACAUUUUGUUCGAAAACUCUGAAUUGAAAUUGAUCCGAAAUGCAGAAAAAACAUUUUUCGCAACACUGGCGGAAAUUGCUUCUAUCAAGAGAGAAAGAGAACCAGAAAGUUACCACCCGUUCGUUAUUUUGAUGGACCAUUUCCCUUAUUUCACAAAACAUGUUCCUUACGGAGUUAUGGAACAAUCAUUCCCAUACAUUUUGAUAAGAAACGCUUAUAACAUUAUGUCGAAAGAACCAGACAUAAUCAAAGCUGUAGUUAGAGAUGAUAUGGAAUACAUCAAGAACUUGAUUGCAAAGGAUCCAAAGGCUGUGGACACAAGGUCUGUUUAUGGUUGCACACCUUUGUUACAGGCAGUAAGAUACAACAACGCAAAAAUUGCAAAAGUGUUGAUGGAUAACCAUGCUGAUGUAAAUGCAAAAAGUGACAGUGGUAAUACACCACUUUUGAUUUCCAUUGUUCUCAACAAUGAAGAACUCGCGAAGACAUUGAUAGAGAAUGGUGCACAGGUAAAUGUAAAGAAUCCAAAGGGAUUCACACCAUUCAAACUGGCAACUUCGGAGAAAUUAAGGAACUUAAUCAAAGAAAAAGGUGGAAAAUAA